AUACUACAGAGUAACCUCAUUAAUACUAACUCUCUUUCUCACUUCACUUCCUCUUGUGGCUCAGUUUACAGAAACACCAACACAGCUUUUAUAUCCUCAGUGUUGGUUUCACAUGCUCUCAGCACCACACACGGAAAUGGACAGAAAUGUUCAAGGAGGAAAACAGUAUGGCCUUCUCAAGUCUCAUCAGGAGGACAGACUGAAUUCUAUCAAUGAAGCUUUUCUCUCAGAUCCCCAGUAUGCAGAAGAGGAAGAUCUCAGCUCAAAACUGGAAAUGUUUAAACAGAAAUACAUGGAGUUUGAUCUUAACGACAAAGGAGAAAUAGAUUUAAUGGGGUUGAAACGAAUGCUGGAAAAACUCGGACUGGCCAAGACUCACUUAGAGCUGAAAAAGAUGAUGUCAGAGGUGGUUGGAGAUUCAGCAAAAGACACUAUCAGCUACCAUGACUUCCUGAAUAUGAUGCUGGGAAAAAGAAAUGCAAUUCUGAAAUUGAUUUUGAUGUUUGAAGGCAUGGGAAAGCAGCAGGAGCCCCAAGAUGCGGCACCACCUCGCCGCAAAACCUUUUCAGACCUGCCGUGAAGGAGCUCCCAGCAGGGACUGUUUAUGUGGCUUUUUCCAGAUUUAAACACCAAAUGUUUUAAAAUUCAUGUCAAUAGGAAAAUAUAUUGAACACUUUGUAAAAUGUGUCAUUUGUAUUCAAUUGUGAAAUCUACAUAUCUGUGCAACCCUGAUGUCUUCUGUGAUUAUGGCCACUUUCGAGAUGUUCCACAAUAAAGGCAUUUAAAUGUG